AUGCCGACUUGCACCAUGUAGCUUGUAAUAUAGUAAAAAAACCUGGCAACAUUUAUUACCUUUAUAAACGGGAGAGUGGUCAGCAGUAUUUUUCUAUUAUUUCUCCAAAGGUUGCUGGGAGAGACAACAGUGUCACAGGACCGUGCAGCUCCACCCCUUCCCUUGCAUCUUCUCCUGUGGGGUCCUGGAAGCCAGUGCUGCUCUGACUCAGCGUUAGGGCAGGUGGGAGGAUGUGGGGCAGGUGUUAGAACCUGUGCCUGGGAACCUACCCAGUACUAACAAGCUUCUUUCUGUAGCGCAGUAUUCAUCCAGUUGCCAAAUCCAGACACCUCCGAGAGGCUCUUAGCUUCUCCCUCUCACACCUCUCCCACACCCUGGGGAUUCCUUUCACAAUGGCUCCUAGUCCGGCUACUUCCAUUCCCUUCCGUUGCUGUCCAGCGAAUGAGUCCUUGCUCCAGCCUGCCUCAUCUGUCCUGUGGUAUUACAGACCCUUCUUCCACGCUGGCUGCCAGAAUCAUAUUUCUAAACCAAACUGACCAUGUCAUCCAUACUUAAACCAACAUUCAGGACAGUGUAAAUUACUCAGCUUGCCAUUCAUCUGACAAAUACUGGGGUGGGAUGGGGUGACUUACCAUAUGCCAAAGCAGUUCUUACAGGUACAGAAAUACAGCAGUGAACCAAACAGCAAGAGCCCUGCUCUAGGGACCCGUCACACUCUGGACCCCAGCAACCCUUUACAGCCCUGUCUUCCCCAAAGUCCUUCCAGCCCACCUCUCUUGCACCAUGCACUCUGGUCUCUGCCUCUCAAGGCUUCCUUUGCUGGCCACGUUGGAGAGACCAGUACCCUCCUCCUAGAUCCCUCCAUUCCCCAAGUGGCCCACAGGGUGGCCUAGGGCUCCUCUGCAAAUUGAGGCCCCUCUUCCAGCCAGCUAGAGCCCCGCUGCCCCUCCCCUGCCCCUCCUGGAUUGUGAGCUAAGAGCCAGGGGUGAGAGGCUUGGGACCUGCGUGGCUCCCCCAGGCCUGUGGUGGCCGCCACCCACCACACAGGAAGCGGGGAAGGAGUGCGGCCCUCACCCCACCCAGGAAUGUCUGGUCCCCAGGUAAGCAUCCUGACAAAGCGCGUGACCCUCCCAAGAUUACUGUCAGCGACCAGGACCCUGUGGGCUUCAUGCUGGGCACAGGGGACCUCAGUCUCCACUCAAGUUGCUUGCCCUGCAGUAGACAAGGAAGACAAGAGAGGCGGUGCCAGUGUAGAGUGCCGAGUGUCACACGCCCCAGAUCCGUGCACCAGGUUCUUCCUGACCAACGACCAGAUCCAUCUCUAUCUGAAUGAGUUUUCCUGGAAGGACGUUACCAGUGCCUUGUCCCUGGCCAACAUGAUCCUGGGGCUCUUCUCCAUCUUCUGCAGCUUCUGCAAGAAAUGCUACAGUGCCUCCUGGAUGCUUCUGAUCAGCUUCCUAUUAGACAUGGCAGUUGGGACGAUAACCAGACACCUCAGCCUCUGCUCCAGAUCGGGGGUGGAGCUGAAUGACUUUGCUGUCUUCACCACCUUUGGCCUGGCCUCAGCCCUGCUCCUAGGCGUGGAUGGGCCUCUGAAUGCGUUCCUGGCCGUCAUCUAUGUGUUAGCUGCUACCUUCCGCCUGUGUUUUUAUUCAACUGGUGUUCCCUUCACGUACAAGGGUCUACCCUGCCGCUAUGCUUCCUGUGUUUUGGCCUCCACCUGCCUUCUGACCAAAGGCAACACGUUCAUUCUGUCUUGCAUGGCCUCACUUAUGAUUCUGUUCAUGAUGGACCAGAGCUACUAUCCAUGUGAUGAGAUCCUGGGGUCUGAGAACUGGAAAAAAUUGAUUUAUCUGGGGGGUGUCAUCAUGCUGCUUGUGUCUCCAUUCUCCCUAACUGCUUUUUACUGCCUGAUGUGGUCACUGUCCUACAUCUUCUUUCCAGAUGCUCUGUGGGGCAAGGCAGCAUGCUUCAGGCUAUAGCACCAAAGAAAGUGAACAGCUUCACCCACUCCCACUGGCCUCUGUGGGGUUUGUGCCAGCAUAUCGGGCCAAGCCUUGCCUUAUCCUCACUAAAUCUUUCUUUGUCCCUA